AUGAGUCACCUUCCCGCCCAAAGCAAAGAAGCCGCAGGCCGUGCCCCUCUAAACGCGGAGCGGACAGGAAGCGUCGAGCAAGACCCGCUUGCUGAUGACGCACUGCGCAAGAGCACGACGUCGGGACUUCCUUCUAAGAAACCAUCUUACACACAUUCAGUCCACUCGCCAACACCACACAGUGCUACAACUACCUUCCCUGCAGCUCUUUUGCGACGCAGCCACACGCCAGGACCUUCUCGCCCCUCAGCUGAUCAUGCAGGCGGGAAUGGCUUCCCUCUGGGUGGUGGUGUGAGCUCAAUCGCUGCAGACCAAAGGAUCGAGUUCAUGCCCUAUGACACCCCAUCGCGCUCGCCAGAACGCCAAAUUCAGCCUUCUUGGAUGGACAUCGGAAACGAGGCUCAGGAUCCUUUUGCACAGCAGACGCUCCCCGCUGCCGUUCCAGACCACUUAGCCAAUGCGGCCCCGACCCUCAACCAUCAGUCCGCGCGCGGAGAAAGUGCCCGAGUCAACAGCCACCAUACGCCUCAUGCCGGUGAUAACCGUGCACUGGUUCAGGUUGAUAGGCAGCAAGCCUUCCGUAGGAGCGACAACACUGACGGAGGUGUGGAAUCAUUCGACGAUAUUAUCGGCGGCAUCGGAAAGGGUCGCCAGGGCAAUGCCCACCUCAGCGAACAGUCGCUUCAAGACAUCUGGAGCAGCGUGCAGGAGCAGUGCAAGUACAACGAGUUCUUCCCCCUUAACGAUGUCAAUGAGAUACUUGAUUCUCAUCGAUUCACUGCAGGAUAUGAAGACGUUCACCGAACACUCCGCUGCAGGUUCGUUCCUGCCAGGCUUAAACAAGCUGACCCCUCAGAGAGACAGCAGCUCGUUGAAAAAGCUCAAAGUGUACUCAAGAAGAUGAGGAAGAAGACUGAGAAGUACGACGAUGCUCGCCAGAAGGUGAUCUCGUCGGUCGCACAGCGGCCGCCUAAGCGCAAAUUCUGUCCACUCCUGUGA